AUGUCUGAUAAUUCAAUUCCAAAAAUUCCAAAUCUUGAUCUUGCAAAUUAUCGUUUCAUCCUAAAUAAUCCUAAAAUACCGGAAUUUCAUGAAGAUGCUAGGACAAAACUUUUUUCAGCAAUUGAUGAAAAUAAUAUGGCGCCAUUUUAUCAAUUGGUAGCUGAUGAACUAAAGAUACCUGUUGAUAAGUCCUUAAUUACAAAGUAUCAGGAAGCAAAUAAAGAAGAGUUACAAAAAUUGGAUGAAAAGUUACAAGACGCAGAACAAAAUCUUGGUGAAACAGAAAUUAGCGAUGCGUUAUUAGCUAAAGCUAAUUACUUUGCAAAAAUUGGUGAUAAGGAAAAUGCCAUAUCAGCUUAUCAUUCUGCAUUAGAUAAAACAGCAGGAUUAGGUUCCAGAAUUGACAUCGUUUUUUCUUUUGUAAGGAUUGGAUUCUUUUUUAAUGAUAAUGAUCUUAUUAGUAGGAACAUCGAGAAAGCUAAAAGUUUAAUAGAAGAAGGAGGUGAUUGGGAUAGACGUAAUCGACACAAAGUGUACGAGGGAGUUUAUAGAUUAUCUAUACGUGAUUUCAAAACUGCAGCAAAUCUUUUUCUUGACACUUUAUCAACAUUUAUGUCUACUGAAUUAAUGGAAUAUAAAGAUUUUGUAAAACAUGCCGUUUUAGCAGGUGCUAUUUCACUUAACAGAGUUAUUGAUUCACCAGAAGUUUUGGAAGUAUUAGGUGAAAUUCCUCAUCUUGAAAAUUAUAUUAAUUCACUUUACAAUUGUGAUUAUGCAAAAUUCUUCCUUUCACUUGCUGAGGUGGAAAGCAUUCAUCUUCUUACUUCAAGAUAUCUUUUUUCUCAUCAAAGAUUCUAUGUGCGCGAAAUGAGGAUUAUUGCAUAUGCACAACUUUUAGAAUCUUAUAGAUCAUUAACAAUGGAAAGUAUGGCAAGUUCAUUUGGUGUAUCUGAAGAAUUUAUUGACAAUGAUAUUUCUAAGUUUAUUGCAGCAGGACGACUUAAUUGUGUGAUUGAUAAAGUGAAUGGAAUUGUAGAGACUAAUAGACCGGAUGCAAAGAAUGCACAAUAUCAACAAACAAUUAAACAAGGCGAUAUUUUAUUAAAUCGUGUUCAAAAAUUAUCUAGAAAUUUUGUACAAUUAUCAUGUUGA